AUGCCGCACAGAAAACUCAAAGAGAAAACUCUUGAGUCCUUGUAUAAAAACACACAUUUUAAUAAAAACGAACUGGAGGCGUUAUACUGUAUGUACAGAAAGUUGGUGACCAGUGCCCAGUCAAUGGUUCCUACUUCCGCCAUCGGCCAGUCUCCAGCUAAACUUGAUGGUAUAGACCAAUGCACGUUUAGAGAUGUGAUGCACAGUACAUUCGACUUGGUAACCGAGGAAGCUGUGCUAGAAAGAGUGUGGGCGACGUGGGAGCGGGGUGCGGGAGGAGGUGAAGGCGCGAUUAAAUUCGAACCCUGGGCCCGUGGACUCAGCAAAAUGCUUAAAGGAACUGAUGAAGAAAGGCGCAUACAUUGCUUCUCUGUUUACGAUCUUAAUGGAGAUGGUUAUAUUACUAGAGAUGAAAUGUUUUUACUUUUAAAGAACUCAUUACUAAAGCAACCAGGAGACGAGGAUCCGGACGAAGGCGUGAGGGACUUAGUAGAGCUGGUGUUAAAGAAAUUGGAUGUUGAUAAAGAUGGAAAAGUCUCUUUAGACGACUACAGAGAGGCGGUGACUCAGGAACCUCUUUUAUUAGAAGCUUUCGGCCAAUGUUUGCCUUCGAAAAGACAGGCAAUGGCCAAACCUUAUCAUUAA